AUGUGUACUUAUUCAUGUGCAUUCUCCUUCUACUAUCUAUCUAUCUAUCUAUCUAUCUAUCUAUCUAUCUAUCUAUCUAUCUAUCUAUCUAUCUAUCAUUUGACCAUAAUUAACGUUCGUCCUAUGUAUGUUUGUACUGAUAAACUUCUCACCUUUCUUUUUUUCUCAUCUAUCUAUCUAUCUAUCUAUCUAUCUAUCUAUCUAUCUAUCUAUCCGCUUACCCGUCUAAAUAACAUGUCUCCUUUACCCUCUCCUUUCUCAAUUUCCCUGGCCGUCUCUUUUUCACUUUUCUUGAAGGGAAAAAAGAAGACCAGGGAAGAUGUUACAGGCGACGACGAUGCUAUAAGAGGGAGGACAGUAUAUCUAUCUAUCUAUCUAUCUAUCUAUCUAUCUAUCUAUCUAUCUAUCUAUUUGAAUUUUCUUUGCAAGGAUGCUUGUCUAGAUAAAUCUAUCUGUCUAUCUAUCUAUCUAUCUAUCUAUCUAUCUAUCUAUCUAUCUCAGACUGUUCAUUAUCUAUCUAUCUAUCUAUCUAUCUAUCUAUCUAUCUAUAUAUAUAUAUAUAUAUAUAUAUAUAUAUAUAUGUAUCUGUGA